AUGGCCAGAAGACGUAAAGCGCUGCAGCUUCGAUGGUGUCUUGUCAUCGCCAUCAGCGCCAUCAACGUUGCUGUGGGAUUCUUCUGCAACAUUGGCUUCGUAGUGAUUUUGACCGUUAUGGACUCCUUGCCUCUCGGUCUGCUGGCCCUGCCCGGCCAAUUCACCUACGUCCAGUUCGCACCAGUGACAUCUACUGUUAAACUCUACCUGGAGCUCAAAAUGGUCCAGCUCAUUUCUAAGGUCGUCCAAUGGAGCAUAAACCGCGUUUACUCCUCCAACCACCGGGCCCCAUUAUCGGGUUCCUAUAAUCCCGGGAAUUACGCGAGCGAACUGGUAGUGUAG